GGGUGGAGAGUCUCCUCCUUGCCUGCUUAACCAAGUAGAAAGGGAGCCCUUUCUAUCUCUUUUGCACACAGAAGAUAGUCGUGUUCAGCAUAAAGAAUUAUCAGAUAUGCUAAGAGGCAAGAUCAUGGGACCCCAAACAAGGCAAUAGAAGCAGACCAACAGAUGGAUCAGAGAUUAGAAUGAGCUGCCAGCUACUGUAAAAUUACUAUAAAUAGUAUGUUCAAGAAAAUAGAUUAAAGUAUGGACUUAAUAGAUGGAGGCAUAGAUAAUUAAUGAUAAUUUAGAUUUAUUAUAAGGACUUAAACAGAUAUUCUAAAACAGAACAUGCAAAAUUUGAAGUUAGGACGUAAUGGUUAGUUUCAAUAGCAGAUUAUUUAUAAUAUAAGACAAAAGAGGAAAGCAGAUCAGUAAAUAAUCUCAAACUGAAAACAGAGAAAAAAAGUAGAAAAAAUAAAUAGAUAAAGAACAUUAUAGACACGUAGGAUGUGCUUGGAAGGUAUAAUACAUGUAGAACUAGAGUCUCAGAGAAGAGGGAGAGUAGGUCAAAGGCAAAAUUUGCAGAGAUAAUAAGAAUUUUACAAAGUGAUGAACGCAACUGAGAGAUUCAAAAGUUAUAAAACCUUGAGCAAAGUGAAUACAAAGGAAACCUAUCUCUGCCCAUCUACUAUGGAAACUUAGGACAAAGAAAAAAUUUAAAAACAGGAUAGGGGUGGGGAAGACACAUUACUUUUAAAUUUGAUGCACUGUGACAUCUUAAAAGAUGUGAUUAAAAAAAUUAGUGAAAUGUCUAUCAUUAAAGGAGAGAAAGAUAAAAACUGCCAACCUAGAAUUCCAUUCCCGGCAAAAAUUUCCUUCAGAAGUGAAAGUGAAAUUCAGACAAACAAAAAAUGAGGGAACGUGUCAGUUGUAGAUCUACGUGAUGAGAAAUACUUUUAGGCAGAAGGAAAACAAUUCCAGGUGAUAUGCAGAAAGGACUGAAGAGCAUCACGGAGAGUAAAUGUACGUGCAAAAGAUCCGUGAAUACUGACCACGUAAACAGUAAGAUAAAAGAAUACGAAAAGCUUGAUAAUGAGGAAGAUCGCCUCAGCAGAAGUCGACAAAUUUAUGAUACGUAUAUCAUGAAGGAGCUCCUUUCCUGUUCUCAUCCAUUCUCAAAGCAAGCUGUAGAACAUGUGCAAAGUCAUCUAUCUAAGAAACAAGUAACAUCAGCUCUUUUUCAGCCAUACAUAGAAGAAAUCUGUGAAAGUCUUCGAGGUGACAUUUUUAAAAAAUUUAUGGAAAGUGACAAGUUCACUAGAUUUUGUCAGUGGAAAAAUGUAGAAUUAAAUAUCCAUUUGACCAUGAAUGAUUUCAGUGUCCAUAGGAUUAUUGGACGAGGAGGAUUUGGUGAAGUUUAUGGUUGCAGGAAAGCAGACACUGGAAAAAUGUAUGCAAUGAAAUGCUUGGAUAAGAAGAGAAUCAAGAUGAAACAAGGAGAAACAUUAGCCUUAAAUGAAAGGAUUAUGUUGUCUCUUGUCAGUACAGGAGAUUGUCCUUUCAUUGUUUGCAUGACCUAUGCCUUCCAUACACCAGACAAACUCUGCUUCAUCCUGGACCUGAUGAACGGAGGGGACUUGCACUAUCACCUUUCCCAGCACGGGGUGUUCACUGAGAAGGAGAUGCGGUUCUAUGCCACGGAGAUCAUUCUGGGGCUAGAGCACAUGCACAGUCGGUUCGUGGUUUACAGGGACUUGAAGCCAGCAAAUAUCCUCCUGGAUGAACACGGACAUGUGAGAAUAUCAGAUCUUGGUCUGGCAUGCGAUUUUUCCAAAAAGAAGCCCCAUGCGAGCGUUGGCACCCACGGGUACAUGGCUCCUGAGGUGCUGCAGAAGGGGACAGCCUACGACAGCAGUGCCGACUGGUUCUCCCUGGGCUGCAUGCUUUUCAAACUUCUGCGGGGUCACAGCCCUUUCAGACAACAUAAAACCAAAGACAAGCACGAGAUAGACCGAAUGACACUCACCGUGAAUGUGGAACUCCCAGACUCCUUCUCUCCUGAACUGAAGUCACUUUUAGAGGGCCUGCUUCAGCGAGACGUCAGUGAGCGACUGGGCUGUCACGGAGGCAGUGCACAGGAAGUGAAGGAGCACACCUUUUUCAAAGGCAUCGACUGGCAGCAUGUUUACUUACAGAAGUACCCACCACCCUUGAUUCCCCCCCGUGGAGAGGUCAAUGCUGCUGACGCCUUCGAUAUCGGCUCAUUUGAUGAAGAGGAUACCAAAGGCAUUAAGCUGCUUGAUUGCGACCAAGAACUCUACAAGAACUUCCCUUUGGUAAUCUCUGAACGCUGGCAGCAGGAAGUAGCCGAAACAGUUUAUGAAGCAGUAAAUGCAGACACAGAUAAAAUCGAGGCCAGGAAGAGAGCUAAAAAUAAGCAACUUGGCCAUGAAGAAGAUUACGCUCUGGGAAAAGACUGCAUUAUGCACGGGUACAUGUUGAAACUGGGAAACCCAUUUCUGACUCAGUGGCAGCGUCGCUAUUUUUACCUCUUUCCAAAUAGACUUGAAUGGAGAGGAGAGGGGGAAUCUCGGCAAAAUUUAUUGACAAUGGAUCAGAUUCUCUCUGUGGAAGAAACUCAGAUUAAAGACAAAAAAUGUAUUUUGUUCAGAAUAAAAGGAGGGAAGCAAUUUGUCUUGCAAUGUGAGAGUGACCCGGAGUUUGUGCAGUGGAAGAAAGAGUUGACUGACACCUUCAUGGAGGCCCAGCGGUUACUGCGUCGUGCUCCAAAGUUCCUCAACAAGCCUCGAUCCAACAUAGUGGAGUUAUCAAAGCCACCCCUCUGUCACAGAAACAGCAAUGGCCUCUAGCACCCAGGGGCAGGGAAGUUCCCUUGAGGGAUCCGCACCAGGGGUCUUCAGCCCUUUGAACAGAGCCUUUUAGAAAAAUGUGGGGAUUCAAAUAUCUGACUUCCUGACUGCUGGGGCCCUUCCUUGGUGGAGCAGCCCCAGGACUCUGUGAUGCUCCUAAUAGGAGCCCGGACCGUUCUAUGACUUAGGCUCAGCCUCGCUUCUCUGGCUGAUCAUUGCCCACACCUGAAACUACUGAAGAAAGGAAAGUUUUUCUUUGCCGUACACUUAUUUUGGUAUCUAUGAACUUAGAACUUGAAAUGAUUCCUACUUACCACUUACAUUUUUAUGACUGAUAUCAAACACAUCUUAAACUUUCCAGGAUGGAAUGUAACAGUCUUCAGAGUUGGGUACUAGAUACCCCGAGCAUUGCCAUAUUUUAUCUAUAAACAGCCACUGCUGGUUUUCUGUCUUUGCACCGUACUGCUGGGGGAUGGGAGAGCAACAGUGUGUUUCUUCUGUGCACUUUACGACUGACUUCUGGUUGUCCUGGGUUAAGAGUUGAAAAUGUUUUCUGAGGAGGUUGCACUCAGGCCCUGCCCCACCACCAUGCACAGUGCGCUGCCCCGCCUCUGACCUGUCUGUCCCUGGGGCGCUCAGAGCCGGUGUGGGUGAUGGGGGGAUAUUCUCAAGUGGGAGGCAUGACCAGGCAUUGAAGGCGUCCAUGCUCUGAUCCUCAGGAAUGUUUACUGUGAUGCUGAAGGAGACACAGUAGAGUUGUAGAUUUGGGGGAGAGUAGCAGUUUUCAAAAAUCUUCAAGUACCCCAGUGUGCUCAAACAGACAAACAGUGCCUCCCUAUGCCUGGUGUGCAGGGACGCUCGCUGGUGAGUCUGUCUUGGUCUCAGUAACAUGUAGUCAGGUGACAGUCUUGCUGGUUCCUUAUGCCUGACCCCAGGAAACGCAUCAGUAAUGGAUGUGCAAAAGGAGGUCUGAUUUACAUGGUUAAACUACAAAGAGUGGAAAAUGAAUUUUGUUAUAAAAGAAUGCUGAAGAAUGAAUGUAUCAAAAUGGAUGAAGGGUGUAGAUUGGCUUCCUGACUUACAUUGUCACUAACGAAUGGGACGCUUUGCACUGGGUUGCUGUGGGACAGAGACCACAUGCACGUGUCCAGGCGUGUUUGCCUGAUCCCGGCGUCAUCCUCCUCAAUGUUUGUUUUGCACACUAUCCUCAUGCCCUGUCUAUGCCCCAGAUACAUGCUAGCUUAGGAGACCCAGUGAGGUCCCCCAUGUCAUCAGACUACAGAAAUCACAAUUUUAAAAGGCCACACAUUUGUCCUAUGCCUGGUAUGCUUUUGUUGUAUGUCCGUAAAUCAACUACUAACGAUAUAAAUAACUUGACAUCAUAAUUAUCUGUAUCCUGUCCUUGAUACUUAUUUUGGUUCCAAUUCUAUCUUUAAUACAUGUGUGCUAUGUUCAUUGAGAAAGUACUUUUUAAUGAGAUUAUAUUUUGAGAGUUUGGAA